AGUAGCAGCAGCAUCAGCAGCUCGGGUUUGGAUGAGAGGUGACCGGGGCUGUGUGAGUGUGUGUGUGCGUGUGUGUGUGUGCGUGUCCUUCUUUGUGCGUGAAUGUAUGCGUUGUGCGUCUGGCGGAGAGACUGCAGGAGCGGGAGAGACGCUCAACUUGCUCUGUUUCUACGCCACUUUGCCCUCUGUGUCUAUGUACUCCCUCCACAUGGGACGCGGACAUCUGGUGAGGUGACAUGCGAAGGGGUUUAAAGUAUGGCAUGCAGAGAUGUUUUCUUACAAGCAGAAGGACACGGUGACAGCGAUGAGACCCGCGUUUAUUCGGACUAUGUUCUACUUUUUGUGUUUGGCGACUUGUGCAAAGAAAAUUUCUGGACAGACAAGGAAGGAUGAAAGGAUCCAUCCUGAGAAUUUUACUUUCAUUUUAGACCGACUUCUUGACGGCUAUGACAACAGGCUGCGACCUGGAUUCGGGGCAGGUUCUGUGACUGAGGUAAAGACCGAUAUUUAUGUGACUAGUUUUGGGCCUGUCUCAGAUGUUGACAUGGAAUACACAAUGGACGUGUUCUUUCGACAGACGUGGGUGGACCAGCGGUUGAUGUACGAGGGGCCAAUAGAAAUUCUGAGGCUGAACAACCUGAUGGUGACUAAAGUGUGGACACCAGACACCUUCUUCAGGAAUGGCAAGAGGUCGGUCGCUCACAACAUGACAGCCCCAAACAAGCUUUUUCGCAUCAUGAAGAAUGGCACCAUUCUGUACACGAUGAGGUUGACUAUAAGUGCAGAGUGUCCCAUGAAGCUUGUGGACUUUCCAAUGGAUGGACAUUCGUGCCCCCUCAAGUUUGGAAGCUAUGCAUAUCCUCUAACAGAGAUGAUCUAUACCUGGACCAAGGGGCCUAAGCAUUCAGUGGAGGUCCCUCUUGAGUCAUCCAGCCUUGUUCAGUAUGAUCUCAUCGGCCAGACUGUCUCCAGUGAAACCAUUAAAUCCAUCACAGGUGAAUAUGUGGUGAUGACGGUCUUCUUCCACUUGAAACGUAAAAUGGGCUACUUCAUGAUUCAGACGUAUAUCCCCUGCAUAAUGACAGUAAUCCUUUCCCAAGUGUCCUUCUGGAUAAAUAAAGAAUCCGUCCCAGCACGAACAGUCUUUGGCAUCACAACUGUCCUGACCAUGACGACACUCAGUAUCAGUGCUCGCCACUCCCUUCCCAAGGUCUCAUACGCCACUGCUAUGGACUGGUUCAUCGCUGUCUGUUUUGCCUUCGUCUUCUCUGCCCUUAUUGAGUUUGCAGCUGUGAACUACUUCACCAACGCACAGAUUGAGCGGACCAAAAAGAAGCAAUCCAAAUGUCCUCAAGCGCCCAAAACAACGCCUCUCACGGUCAAGGACACAGACGACGUGCUGCAGCAGAAUCCUGACCCAAAUGGAAAUCUAAGGAAGCGAAUGAACUAUAUUUGCCAAGAGUCCAGCAGUAAACUGAAAGUUCAGUCUACCACAAACAUUUCAGGAGCUGGUAGGGCAAGACCACUGCAACCCUUGGCCAGUGGAGACAACAACAGAUCAUACACCCUCUUCUACUCCAGCCCUAAAUCAGAGAGCCUGCUCAGUCUAGCCUCCUCAUCUGCCCAGUUAGUGAAGAGUACACCGCAAGGUGCAGCUUCCACAACAGAAAUAAUGGCCGGGACACCAUGCAAGCAGAACGCUUGUUCCUCCUCUUUGCAGCAUCUGCUAGCGCCUAAGCUGGAGCGCAUCCAGGUGAAAGGAAACAAAUUGGAGCAUAAGCAGACGCCAUGUUCCCAGCCCACCACUGCUGGUAUGGGUGAAACCAGCAAAAUUGACAAGUAUGCUCGGAUUCUGUUCCCAGUGUCCUUUGGAGCUUUUAAUAUGGUCUACUGGGUAGUUUACUUAUCAAAGGAUACAACGGUUGCUAAAGGUGGCUAGUUUCCUGUAGCAACAGGAGUGAAGUGGUCUCUUGUGACAGAUUGGAAGAAAAUAUCUAUUAUAGAAGUCACAAACAAUUAGAGGACAUUAUUUUUCUUGCCAACCAAAAAGAGAAAUUGUCCUCAGCCAGGAUUCCAUAGCUUGGACAACACAGAGUACAUUUAUUUUUCUUCCUAAGGUUUCCAAACAGUCAGCAUGGGAACAAGUAAAUGGAGCUGAAAACACCGGAUGCAGAAGAAGGAAAAGCACCUGAACACUGGAAUAUGCUUCUUUCCUCUUUAUAAUGUACUAUUUCUCAAUGUUUUCUUUGGAUUUAACUGCCUAAUGAUGUCAUUAUGGCAUGUCAUCGCGAUGGAACAUAGGAUUUUAUCUUUCCUUUUUUUGUACUGUGCAUUUUGGAAGCUGUUCAAAUGUGUGUACAGCUGUCCUAAAUGAACUGCACCAAUGCUAUGUAAAUAUAUAAAUAUAUUAGGAUAAACAGAUUUAUAUUUCAGUGGUCUUGCGAUUGAAUAUUGAACAUUGAUACUUUGAUGACAAAAGGUCAAUUUAGGCUAAGUUAAAGGUUACAUAUUAUGUAGUAUUUCUCUAACACUAAUAUGUGUCCCUAGUCUGUCUACGAUCCCCCCAACUAAUGAGCAAGGUCCAUCCUCUCCGUCCUUUACCUGCCACUCUUACAGAAAAUGUGUGCUCAAACAUGCCGUUUGGAGAUUUUCCCUUCAUGACAUCACAAAGGGCAGUAACUCCCCCCCCCCCACCAGGUGGGUGACACUCCCACAGCUAGGUGUUUGUUCUGCCCUCUGAGUCUGCCUUCUCAUUGUAAACAAUAGACAUGGAGCAAAAAGAGCCAGUCACCCAAGCCCUUCCAGAGAGGGGGCGUGGUCAAACACAGCUCAUUUGCAUUAAAGCUACAGACACAGAAACAGCCUGUUCUGAGCAGGGCUGAAACAGGCUGUAGGGAUUUAUAGGCAUGAUCAAAAACAGGAUCAGAGUGGAUUUAGAACAACAAACUUCACAGACAUGUUUUGGGGAGCUCUGAGACUUAUUUAAACUGGUUGAAAAGAAGGAGAAUAUGUGACCUUUACAUUUUACAGCAGGCAUUAAUUCCUUAGACUUCUACUUUAGACUAAAUAACAGUCAUGUCUGAAUACUGGUCAAAUAGGGAGCAAAUGUAAAGGAUUGGGUGACACAAUGAAUGUCCUCAAACCAAAAAUGAGUUGGGCUUUGGCCAGGACUACAUGCCCUUUAAAAUUACUUUUGUACAGUAAAGCAUCAUUCUAAUACAAGAUGGAUAAAUUCAAUUUACAGAUGAUUUGGGGGGAGGGGGGGGGGAGUGGACAAGACAAAUUAUUUAUUCAUUUAGCAGUAGACGAGCUUCUUUCGUUCCAAAAUGGAUUUCAAAA